CCAAAACGACUCUUCUUCUCUUAGUGGUUAUAAAUGUUGUCAACACAGCGCAGGCCUGGAGCAGCUAGCCCUUAGCUUCGUUCUUCGGCCAUUAAAUUGUUUAUUAACCUUCUUGAAUCGGAAGCCCUGAUACAGGAGCCCGUUCAGCUGUUUCUUAACGUUGGUUUGCAUCCGAGCUGUUGACCAAGGACCCUCCGUACCAAGAGGUCCUCUUCUACAGUCAGUGGAGGUGUGGAUUGAUGUCCGCCCUGCCGACCCCUGCCACCCCCAUGCCUGCUGCGUUCUCUCUUCGCUGGCUCCAGCGCCAUGCCUGACCGGGACUCGUCCUACCUGUUAGCUGGUGGGGGCGGGGGCAGCCUGGGGGAGGAGGGGGGGCGUGGCUCGGGGUCAGGCGGGGGUUCAGGGGAAGGCCUUGUCGGCUCAGGGGCUGCAGGGGGGGUCUCAGGCUCCGUGGGGAUGGGCGGAGGAGGGGCCCUCGGCAACGGGAGCGGGGGUGGGGGAGCCGGUGGGGGCGCCGGUGGGGGUGCCGGUGGGGCGGCGGCGGCCGGGCAGGCGGUGGACGGCGUGUGCCGGGACUUUGUGCGCAACGUGUGCAAGAGGGGCAAGCGCUGCCGCUUCCGCCACCCCGACUUCAGCGAGGUGUCGGACCUGGGCGUGCAGAAGAACGAGUUUGUGUUCUGCCACGACCACCAGAACCGGGAGUGCCUGCGCUCCAGCUGCCGCUUCGUGCACGGCUCCAAGGACGACGAGGACUGCUACAAGCGCAGCGGCGAGCUUCCGCCCCGGCUGCGGGGCAAGGUGGCGGCGCGCCUGGGCCUCUCCCCCACGGACCUGCCCCACAGCCGGGGGGAGGUGCCCCUCUGCCGGGACUUCCUGAAGGGCGAGUGCCAGCGCGGCAGCAAGUGCAAGUUCCGCCACGUGAAGAAGGACUACGAGUUCGAGCCCGCCCCCCGGGUGGGGGUGGGCGGGGCCAUCGGGGCGGGGAGCGGCGGCGGGGGCGGCGGCGGUGGCAUGGUGAACGUGGGCGGGCCGGUGGGUGGUGGGGGCGGCGGCGGCGGCGGGGGGGGCGUGGCCUGCGGGGGGAUGGCGGGGCUGGUGGGGGGGGUGGGCGGGGGCAACGUGCUGGGGAUGGGCUGCCCCAGCCUGGGGGUCCACCGCGAGGCGGCCAUCUCCGGCGUGGGGGGGGUGGGGCUGGGGGGCUGCCUGUCGCUGGGGCCCCUGGGGCCGCGGCGCUACGAGCGGGGGCCCUGCUCGGUGUACGACCCGCUGUUCGAGGGGGCGUUCUUCGAGCCAGGGCCCAUGGAGGUGCCCGUGGACCACGGCACGCUGCAGCUGAAGCGGCGGCGGCUGGAGGGGCUGCGGCUGGUGGACGCCACCGGGGGGGGGCACUUUGAGCUGGGGGUCCCGGCCCCGCUGCCCCCCCGGCCCCUGGAGUACCGCUUCCUGGAGGAGGAGAACUGCCUGCUGCGCAAGAGGGUGGAGGAGCUGAAGAAACAGGUGUCCAACCUGCUGGCCACCAACGACGUGCUGCUGGAGCAGAACGCGCAGUACCGCAGCCAGGCCAAGGUGAUCACGCUGACCUCCACGCCGCUGCCCUCCGACAGCCUGGGGCCCGCCGUGGUGAGCUCCUACAACCACAGCAUCGCCCAGACCCACACCACGCUGAGCAGCGCGGGCCUACAGCCCCGCGUCGUCACCCAGCAGGACCUGGCCUCCAGCAUCGCCCCCCCGGCCCCGCCCCCCAUCGCCGCCCCGCCCGUCAUCACGGCCCCCCACCUCGGCGCCGAGAUCACCCCGCUGGCGGCGGCCCUCGUGCAGACCAUCGCCCAGGGGCUGGGGCCGCCGGUGUCCAUGGCGUCCGUGGCGGUGUCCGUGGCGCCCGUGGCGGUGUCCCUGUCCCAGCCGAUGGCGGGCCUCGCCAUGAGCCACGCCACGGCGGGUCUGACCAUGAGCCACGCCACGGCGGGCCUCGCCAUGAGCCAGCCGAUGGCGGGCCUCGCCAUGAGCCACGCCACGGCGGGUCUGACCAUGAGCCACGCCACGGCGGGCCUCGCCAUGAGCCACGCCACGGCGGGUCUGACCAUGAGCCACGCCACGGCGGGUCUGACCAUGAGCCACGCCACCGCCCCCAUGGUGUCCUACCCCAUCGCCAGCCAGAGCAUCAGGAUCACCACGCUGCCCCACUAGGGGGCGCUGUGGGCCCAGUCAGCGCCCUGUGGUGGGGUCGCCACGGUUCGAUGUACGAGGGACUAAAGGCAUUACAGAGAAUGUAAUCAGGUUAGGAAGGGUGGACCUUGGCAACCAAAGGGGGAAAUAAAGAGAAAACAUUACAGCCCUCCUGAGCGUUGCUACGGACGACGAGCCACAGCGCCGACGGACCAGGAAUAGCAUCAGGAGAAAUGCAGCGAUGCCAUUUGUAAUAUUUGAGGUAUUUCCAUGAGUCACGAGGGGAACAGAGCCCUCAAAGGUCGUUCUCAAACGCUCUUGUGUCAUUUACUGUUUGGUUUUUCCAAUAAGAAUAACACCUUGUUUCUGUUGUGUCGGCUCCGUUUCUUUUUCUGCGCUCAUCAGUCAAUCAUCAAUCAAUGUAGGCCUAUCAAUGUGAUGUCACGGCCAGAGGGCCGAUGUUCCAAUGAGCAGCGUUCUGUGUUCAGGCUGUAUCUGGACCCUGAACGUUCAGUGACCUGGUUUGGUUUGUCUGGGUGGAGACCGUUCAUUCAACAACCCGGGUCUCUUUACCGUCCGUCUGUUUAAACACAUCCUGUUGGUUGUGUUUUCAUUUCCUAAGCUCCAGUCAUAUUGACCUUCUGCAGCAGGCCUACACCUUAAAACGCUUAGUAUGCAGGUUUAAAACGCACCUCCCCAGCACUAAUCCUCCGCUAUCGUGAUCCAUCCACUAAAGACAAAAGGGACCCCAGGGUCAAUACGCCACAUACACGAAUAAUCUGCCAAUAAACUGUCUGAUCCCAGACGUUUGAUACUGUAUUGGUACUGAGACGACCGUUUUGUUCCCCGGUAGUAAACCAUCUAUUACUGAUAGUUUGCCGCA